AUGAGCUGCUCCACGGCCAGCUGCACCAGUACGUGCAUCGUGGACGACGACGAUGGCCAGAAGCGCAGCUUUUACGCGCGCGCGUGGCGCUUUUUGCAGCGUCGAAUGCAGUUGGGACCAAGAGCGUGUUCAUGUCCGGUUGAUAUGAAGAGUCCUGCAACGGUAAAGACAGCAGAAGAUGCGGUAGCGACUAGCAACUGGCAGCGAGACCCGGUGUGGAGAAAGCUCGACGCAUAUGAAGAAGGCAGCAGAGACAUUGUGGAUGCUACCCCGACAUUUGCUGGGCCCCGUUCUAAGUUCUGGACUCAGGCGCAGUGCAAGGCCGCCCAGAUCACGUGUCGCAAUUGUGGGCUGCUCUUCUUCCGCCCGCUGUCUGGUGCGCUGGACGCGGGUGCCUUUUGUGAUCGUGACUGCCAGAGCUCCUAUGAGUACCGCCGCUGUUUGCAAGAGGCAGUAAACGAGUUUGACGAGGAUCGAGGCCCAGUGAACUGGACACAGAGCAGCGAGCUGUAUGUAGCGAAGGCAGGUGGACCAUGCAGAUGA